AUGCUGUUGGCAAGUGUUGCUGUGCCUUGCGGCUGCAGAGUGGCCAGGCGGACGAAAGGCUCCAGGAAGGCGUUGCCGGAAACCAUCGCCACCAAGGGAGUUCCGGUGGUGCUUUAUGCACCCAGAAAUGAGGUUGAGGAGCAAGCCUUGGAGCAGUUGAUCAGUUUAGCAGAAUCUCCGUUGCCUGUGGGACAUGUUGCAGCUAUGCCAGAUGUACAUAUGGGCAAAGGUGUCGCCAUUGGUGCCGUCUUUGCUUCGGAGAAGUAUGUUUGUCCCAAUGCCGUGGGUGUGGACAUUGGCUGUGGGAUGUGUGCGGUUCCCAUUGAAGGCCUCCACAAAGAGGAUCUCACUGAGGAGGACCUGCGAAAGCUACAGAGUUUGAUCAAGGAGAGGAUACCCACCUCUUUUGAUUCGCAUAAAGAGCACCUACCGUGGGCAAAAGAAACCUUGAAGAACAUCUCCGGAGAGCAUCAUCCGACGAAGUACUUGGCUGAGCGGAUUGACAAAGAGGUGAAGAUUGGGAAGCAGUUGGGGACCCUUGGUGGUGGCAAUCACUUCCUGGAGGUGGUCUACUCUGAAGGCGAUGACCAGGUCUGGUGCAUGUUGCACAGUGGAAGUCGGAAUGUGGGCAACACCACAGCAUCCUUUUAUGAUCGGGUUGCGGGUGAAAGGGGUGUGGCUUUGCGUGGCCUGCACGGCUCUCUGAACUAUUUGGAGGUCGAAAGCCCUGACGGACAAGACUAUUUGAAAGACAUGCAGUGGUGUCAGGCGUAUGCGCGCGAAAACCGUCGGAGCAUGUUGGAGCUGAUGAUUUCCACGGUGGAGGAGGUCACGGGGAAGAAAGCGGAUCUGUCCCGCGCGGUGAACGCCCAUCAUAACUUCUGCCAGUGCGAAAGAUGCCAGUUCCACGAUGCCCAAACUGGUCAGGUUUCAGAAAAGAAGCUGUGGGUGACGCGCAAAGGUGCCACAAGUGCACGAGAAGGAGAAUAUGGUAUUAUUCCUGGGAGCAUGGGAGUUGGUAGCUACAUUGUCAAGGGCCGAGGAGCACGAGGUUCCUGGCAAAGUUGCUCGCAUGGUGCCGGCAGGACGAUGUCCAGAACACGUGCGAAGAAGAUCAUCCCACAGGAGGCGUUUGAAGCUUCCAUGCAAGGCAUCGUGUGUGAUACGAACCCCGCGGUGCGCGACGAAGCACCUCAAGCCUACAAGGAUCUGGGGCAAGUGCUGAAGAAUCAAGCAGAUCUGGUGGAGGAAGUGGUCAUGAGCAUCGCCGAUCUGAAGCUGAAGGAGGGUGGAAGCAUGAUCGCCAAGCAUUUCGAAGGCGUCGGCUCCUCAGACACCGGUGGACCGGUGGACGGGCAUAUCAAGCCCAUGUACACCAGCAUUGCUGCUCACUUCUUGUCGUCUCCGGUUCUGGUUUGCAGGCCCCAUCCACUUGGCAAGCUCCGCCGCGAGUUCAAAGGACUGGGCGCACGGAGUCGCAACGAAUCUGUGGAUGAAAUGCCCAUGGAAAUGGUUCAGGACACGAAGAAAGCCAGCGCCGCGCAACUACAAUGGCUGGUAGGCGCGCGCGCCACGCGCCCCCCACGGCCGCAGCUGCGGAAAUUCAUGCAGCUCUUUCAACAGCUGGGCGAGGCCUUGGCGCGACUGACCAGUGGUCAAUGCGCCUGGAAUGACUUGACCAAAGCGGAACUCAGGAAUUUGGAGCUGGAGGAGCCAAAGUCAGCCAUCGAAGGACUCGAAGGUCUUGCUUUGGAGUAUUCGUGGCAAGAGCUCCAACAGGCAACUGAGAGCUUUGCUCCAUCGCGGCAGUUGGGUGCUGGGGCAAGUGGUACUGUCUACUAUGCCACCUUGUGUGAGGGCACGGAGGCCGCUAUCAAGGUCUUGGACGCUCCAGCGCGGGGAGGCUUUGACGAGGAGGUGCGACUCUUGUCGCGCUGCCGACAUCCCAACGUCGUUAUGCUUUUGGGGUUUGCUGAAGAGACGCAAUUUCCCUUUGCUCCCUUGCAUCGGCGUUGCGCGUUGGUCUACGAGAUGCUGCACGGGGGCGAUCUGUACCGAAGGCUGCAAAGGGACGAUAAGCCCUACCUUUGGCACGAUCGUCUUCGAACUGCCACAGAGGUCUGCCGAGGCCUUGCCCACUUGCACAAGCAUCGGCCGAAGAUCUUUCAUCGCGACAUCAAGAGCCAGAACAUCCUCUUCAGCACUGAUGGAACGGCCAAGAUUGCAGACUUCGGCCUGGCCUGUAUGGCUUCCCACCAUCAUGAACAUGAGCUGGCGACUGUGCAAGUGGCCGGCACCUUGGGAUACUCCGAUCCACUCUACACGAGGACAGGCGUGAUUUCCGAAUCCAGCGAAUGCUAUUCCUUUGGCCAGGUGCUGAUCGAGCUGCUGGUGGGUCGCCCACCCGCUGUGUUGGCCCAGGAUGGCCACAGCUGCGUCUUCUUGAGCGACGAGCUGCGGCCGAAGGAGGACAAGGCCAAGGGCCGCGUGCUGAGACGGCUCGAUGGACGCGCCCAGUGGCCCCUGCAGACUGCUGCCAGCAUGGCCACUUUGGCGCUGCUUUGUAUCCAUGACGACGCCGAUCGCCGCCCGUCCUUCUUAGAGGCCACGGACAUGCUGCGGGAUCUCACGGCGACCACGCGGCUGGACAGCGCCGUGUCGCAGGAAUGUGCUGAUUCGGAGAGAAGUCGCCAGUCAGACUCCAGCCAUGUGCCCGAAGACAAGUCCAAAACUGUUGUAGUUGAUGAUGAGGAGCGGGAUUCUGGAGCCUGUUCCCCGGUCCCUUUGAUGCAGCCCAAACUGCUGGAGCUUCGAUCUGCCGAUGUCUUGCAGAGGCUGCUGCGACAGGCACAGCAUCCCCACUUUCCAAAGCAUUUGCAAGUCCAGUCACCCAACAUGCCAUCGCCAAAAGUGCGAUUUCCACACCUCCAAGCGCCGUCAAUGCACACCACAGACACACACUCACCGGAUGUUGGACCUCGACCAGGGAUGUCUCCACACUCUCCGGAGGCAAGACAACCAGCACAAGGCUCGUCUGCGCCGCAUCAGGGCUUGCAACAUCCACCCUUGCAUCAGCGACUGCAGCUCUGGAACCAGCCGACAGGACCCGAGCUCGCUCAGCCACUGCACUUUUCAGUGGACACAAGGCCAAAGAUACAGCCACAAGCCUGGCCCCGAGCACACCUCUUGCAUGCAAAGUCCAUGCCGGACGCCUCACAGGCGGAGGUCGUGAAGGAUCUCAUGGAGCAAUUGCAGCAGUGGCCAGGCUCAACUGUUGCUUCCACGCCAGUUGCGGAGAUGCCAUGUCAAGGCGUAGAUCCCAGAACUUCAGAAGCCAGGAGAAUACCUUCAAUUUGAGGGAAGCCGUGCUUGCUUGCUCGCUUGUGCUUGCUCACUUGCUUGGCUGACACAGUCUUUUUUCCCGGCCAGAAUGGCACGAAGACAUGUGCGAAAAGUUAUGCUGGAGAUCACUGACAGUGCACUUCAGUCAGGUUCAUACUGUAGCUGUUUGAAGGCAGACAUGCCCGGAAUUCACCAACAGCCACAGUGACAUUCAGCUGAAAAGUGUGUGCUCAGAUAGACUGGUACUCCAGUUUCAAAAAGCUUCGCUUCAAAAGGGUUUCCUUACUAGCUUCUUGUUACUUCUAGUAAGGCACUUGUUACUAGUAGCGGUGCACUUGUUUCUAAUAGCUUCUUUUGGACUAGCAUUUAUCACAUGUUCAG